CCCCCAGCUCCCAGGUGGAAUCGCUCCGUCACUCAAUGGGCCCUGGGGGCUACGGGGAUAGCCUUGGGGGAGGCCAGAUGUACAGCCCCCGGGAAAUGAGGGCUAAUGGUGGCUGGCAAGAGGCAGUGACCCCAUCUUCAGUGACAUCCCCAACAGAGGGGCCUGGGAGUGUUCACUCUGACACAUCCAACUGAUCCAGUCUCUGUCUCAGGGGUGGGGGUACACGGGGGUGACUCUUGGAGAGGCCCCAGACAUCCAGUGAACACACCCCACCCGAAGGAGAAGCACAAGGCAGAGGGGCAUAUGGGGUUUUUCCUCACGAAGAAGGCGUCUCAGUGCUGGGGGUGUGAACCACAGGGAGGGAAGCAUCUUCCAAGGGGCCCUUCUGUUUCCCCCCCUCAUCCCUGUCCUCUACCCUACUUCUUUCCUUGUCUCUCUUAUUUAGUCUCCUUCCUCUCUCUCUCUCUCUCUCUCUCUCUCUCUCUCUGACAUGAUUUAUUCCUUUUGCCCUCCCUACUCCACCCCACCCCACUUAGCCACUCUAGAAUGGGGCAGAGACGCCACCCCACCUGCCUAGUGACGCCAAAAAUGGGGACAAAAUUUCUGGACAGAGGACACAGGCCAUGCCCCCUGUGCACCCCGCCCCCUGCCCCCUAAGACAGCUCUUAUUACCUCAUAUGCAGCUCAUCUUAAACCAAUAGAAUCGCUCGGUGGACAAGAGUGUCUGACUCAGAUAUCUACCUCGGAGGGAGUUUCUGCUACUUUAGAGAAAUGUUGACUGGGCUUUGGAUUUUUUUUUUCUUAAAAAAAAAAAAAAAGAGAAAAAGAAAACCUGGGAUUCAUCUGUUUUUUUUGUUGUUGUUUUGUUUUUAAUUUAGUUUUUUGUGGGGGAGGGGGAGGGGGCUAAGUGUAUUGAUUCUUUUGGUUUCUUCCUUUCCCAUGUUAGGGUUAAUAGCCAGGAGUGUCCUGUUAUAGGAGGGAUGAGCAAACCAAUCUAAGGACCCAGCCAACCCCACUCCCCAAAUGGGUCCAUCAGGGAGUCUGAUCAACAGGGGCUACUGAGAAGGAAAUAAAACCUCCCCUUCAGACCUUGAUGAAUACUGGGGGCUUUUCAUUUGCAUGUGCAAAUCAGCCUGCUUCAAUUCUCCCUGAUGCUUGUUCAUAGGAUGACUACAUGGGAUAAAUGACCUUCUGAUGUAUCCCUUCCCAGAAAAGUAACUGGGGAGUGGGUUAGCAGAGCUGAGGAUUUAGUGACUUGGAAAAAGGAAAAGGGAAAAAUCACCUGCCUCCUCUUCCAGAGACUAACACAUCUUAAUAUCUGUUUUUGCAUUUUUCUUUAUUUUAUUAUCCUAGCUUGGGGGGGGGGGGUUGGGGGGCUCAUUGCCAAAUAUAUUAAAUAGGAGGGUAUGCUUGUUGUCUCUCCCUCAGUUUCCCCAGAGAUGAAAUUUCUGUUCUCACCCCAAAAUCAGGGGUUAUGGGGAGGAGGGAAGGCAACAGGGGCCAAGUGUGGGGGGAAGAAUAUUAGUAAUGUCCCAUAUCCCCACCCCUCUCCCCUCCUGGCUAAACCCCUCAAACAUCCUCAGGAUUUGGUGUGUGUGUUGGGGUGAGAGGACUUCUCCCACUAUAGGUGAUGGGGAUGGGGUCAGGGAGCAAAGGGGAUUGUUGGGGGGCAGUUAUCUCCUCACUUGUAAACUUGUAGUUUCACAGAACAAAUGGCAGUUUUAAAUAAAGAAAUUUCUUUUUUCCCUGGGUUUGGUGGAGAAUUUUUUUCACACGUGAGAACUUGAAUUUUCCUAGGUGUUCACAUCCUUCCCAUACAUGAAAGAUUCUGGCAUCAUCAUGGGUUAAUGGAACAAACAUUGGACUGGAAGUCCAGGAGUCCCGAGUUUGACACUUGGUUUCACCACACAAUAGUUUUGUGACCUUUUGGCAAGUCAUUCAAUGUCUUUGGCCCUUAGUUUCCUCAUCUGUAAAGUGGGGAUUGGUACUACUUACCUCACAGGGUUAUUAUGAGUUUAAAAAAUGUAUAAACCAUAAAUUAAUAUGUAAAUGUUACUUAAACGUGUUAUCCAACUUUCCUUGCCUGACUCUUUACCUUCCUCAUUUCUCCCAAUUCAAUACCCUUUCUCCCAGGGAGAACAGGCCUGUGCCUAGUCCUACAAUCUGGCAGUCUGUAAGGAUAGGCUCAGGUAUGCCCACUAGUCUUCAGUGGCUUGGCUUGGGGGUGCCAAAAUUUAGAACAUGCUUUUCCCCAGCCUCCAUGGGUGUGGUCUUGCUAAGAGUCAGCAGUGCCUGGGUGGGGGGACAGAACAGUUUCUUUUGGUACGUCAAGGGCCCUUGUUGAGAACCCAGCUGGAUUCCUGGCAUUCCCCAGGGACCAGGCAGAGGAGAUUGGGAGAAAAAGGGGAGGAGAGAGACAGGGUGCUGGUUACGUGGGGUAGUAGCAAGACGCUAAGAGGGGCGAACAGCCAGAAGGUUGGAGAGAAGACAGGAUGGCAUCUCUGACAUCCACAGGAGCCUGGGUGCUGAUCCUUAGCCUAGGGGUGGUUGGCAGUCAGAACAUCUCAGCCAGGAUUGGGGAGCCCUUGGUGCUGACCUGUAAGGGGGCUCCUAGGAAACCACCCCAGCAACUUGAAUGGAAAUUGAACACAGGACGGACUGAAGCUUGGAAAAUCCUCUCUCCUGAAGGGGACCCUUGGGAGAGUGUGGCUCGAGUCCUACCCAAUGGUUCCCUCCUCCUGCCAGCUGUUGGGAUCCAGGACGAAGGGACAUUCAGGUGUAGGGCAACUAACCGCCAUGGGAAGGAGAUUAAGUCCAAUUACCGACUCCGUGUCUACCAGAUUCCAGGGAAGCCAGAAAUAGUGGACCCUGCUUCUGAGCUCAUUGCUGGGAUCCCCAACAAGGUUGGAACAUGCCUGUCAGAAGGGGGAUACCCAGCAGGAACUCUUAGCUGGCAUCUGGAUGGGAAAGCCCUGGUGCCUGAUGGGAAAGGAGUGUCUGUGAAGGAGGAGACCAGAAGACACCCUGACACAGGGCUUUUCACAGUACAGUCGGAGUUGACAAUGAUCCCAGCCCGAGGAGGCCCUCUGAACCCCACCUUUUCUUGCAGUCUUAGCCUCAGUUCCAGUGUCCCUGGACGACGGGCCCUCCAUGCAGCUCCUAUCCAACCUAGUGUUUGGGAGCCUUUGCCUUUGGAUGAUGUUCGAAUAAUAGUAAAGCCAGAGGGUGGAGCAGUGGCCCCUGGAGGGGCAGUAACCCUAACCUGUGAGGCUCCUGCCCAGCCCCAACCAGAAAUCCAUUGGCUCAAGGAUGGUUCUCCUCUGGCCAUUGCCCCCAGCUCUGUACUACUCCUUUCUGAGGUUGGAGCCCAAGACCAAGGAAUAUACAGUUGUGUAGCCACCGACCAAGGUCGUGAGUCAAGAGAAAGUCCUGGUGUUAGUGUCAGCAUCAUUGACUCUGAGGAAGGCCCAGGACUAAGCUUAUUGCUCCUGAUUCUAGGAGUUUUGGGUUGUCUGCUCACAGUUGCCCUUCUGGUGGGAAUCCUUUUGUGGAAAAGACAACGGCGGCUCCACAGAGAAGAGAGGAAGGUUCCUGAAUGCCCAGAGGAAGAGGAACAGCGGGCAGAACUAAAUCAACCUGAAGAACAGGAAACAGCUGAGAGCAAUGCAGGGGGGCCCUGAGCUACCCAUCUGAUACCAUCCAUCUUCUUCCCACUCCCCUACCCUGAUGCUAUUCUUCCUAACCCCUGCCUCCCUUCCCCAUUCCCACUACUUCCCCUAAAAAGUCGGCCUCUCUCCUAUCACCUGAGAGCUCAGCCUGUUUCCUGCUUGCACCCACUCAUCCAAACAAUCAUUAUUAAACAUCUGACAACCCUA